GACCACCACCACCGCAAGCGAAACGAGGCAAAAAAAGAGGUGAUCGUGGUAAUCGAAAAAGAAAACGUAUAAAUAAUAUUAUGGAUAAUAAUAAUGUAUUAUCCGGUAUGAAUAAACAACGUAAAUUUUCACCACCAACGCAUCAAUUACAACAACAACAACAACAAUCAUCAUUAUUAAAUGAACCAUCAUCAUCAUCAUCAUUAUCAACGACAAAUUCGAUACAGCCAUCCUCAUCACCAACAUCAUCGACGAUGACGACGACGAUAGUAGCGACAAAUAGUAAUCAACGUGAUACAUUCGAUAUAACACAAUAUUUGAAUGAUUCAUCAUUCGAUGCUGUCGAACUGUCUGAUGAAAUAGAAUUCCGUUUUGAAUUGAUUGAAUUUGAUGUUUUUAUGGAAAUAUUAGGCUGUAAAAUUAAUGAAGAAAGUGAUUUAUUUAAAAAUGGUAAUAUACCACAACAACAACAACAAGAACGAUCAAAAUUAAUGUCAAGAAUAGUGAAAAUAAUGAAAAAAUUACAUGGCAAUGAUCCGGAUACUGCACGACGAUUUGCAAGGCUUAAACGUCGUUCGAAAGAAAAACAAAAUUCAACCGAUAAUGAAUCGAAAACUGGUGUUUUUAAAACACCAUGCCGAUUUUAUAUUGAAGGCAAAUGUCAUAAAGGAUCGGAUUGUUUAUAUUCGCAUGAUGUAUCUAUUCCUAAACGUAAAGAAUUAUGUAAAUUUUAUCUUCAAGGUAAAGGUGAUGAUUGUCUUUUUAUGCAUAGUGAAUUUCCAUGUAAAUUUUUUCAUACAAAUACUAAAUGUUAUGCGGGAGAAAAUUGUCGUUUCAGUCAUCAAACGCUUACUGAUGAAAUGCGUGAAAUACUUCGAAGUUAUUUAGAUUCGGGAACAUUCCCUGAUGAAGUAAAACCAUAUUGGCCAAUUAAUAAUCCAAAUGAUUGGAUAAAAGAUGUUGAUGAUCCUGAUUCAAAUGAUUAUGAUUAUGAUGCAUUAUUAUCGAAUAAAACACGUAAAGUUUUACUUGGACCACCAAAUGAAAAAAUGAAAAAUUCUUUAGAAACAUGGAAAUGGCAACAAGAAUUAAAAGAAUCUGAACAAUCAUACACUGGUGCUAAACGUAAUCUAUUUAGUAUUGAUGAUGGUCUUGUAUUGAAAGAAAAACCACCAACACCAAGAUUGGAAGAAGAUGAUGAAGUAAUUGAAGCACAUAUUCAAAGCUAUUAUAAUGAUUUACUUGAUACGGAUGAUUAUGAUGAAAUGAUACAUUUAAAAGAAAUUGAAGAAUUAGAACAAAAAUUAAAACAAGAAGAAGAAAUACGUAAACAACAAUCAAUACUUGAUCCUCCCCCUCCUUCUACGACAACAGAAUUUCCUAAUCCUACGAUUGUAUCAGAUAGUUCGACAUUACAACAACAAUCAUCAACAACAGAAGAGCUUAGUGAAGAAGAAAAACGAUUAAUUGAAGCAUCAAUGAAAGAUGAAGAUCUUCGUAUUUUGCCUAAUCAACCUUUUGUUCUUCCGGCAGCUUUUGGUGGACCGCCUACUACGCCAAUACCAAUGGCUCAACCAUCUACAGUUUUAGAUGUCAAUCAAACAACACCUCCAUAUGUAUCGAAUUUUAAUUCACCUCAUCAUAAUCCAUUUGGUCUGCCGCAACCAUUAUUAGAUGGUGGUGGUCAACCUGUAUUGGAUUCAAAACCUUUUGGUAUCAACAAUAACAUAGAUCCUUCACCGCAAUCAAUGUUACCCGUUCAAACGCAGCAGCCUUCACAAGAUCCAAGAACUCGUGAUCCUAGAAUUCGUGAUCCACGUUUAAAUAAUUCUAAUCGAUUAGUGCCUAACGUUGUAACAACAACAGCAACAACUUCAGUAACAAAUGUUUCAUCAAAUUCUAAUAUCAGUGGUGGUGGACCAUCACCAUCAAUAUCAACACAGUCUACAGUUUUAUCAACUACUGUUAAUUCGAUAAAACCCGAAAAUAAAGUAAUCAAAUCUAAUACACAAAAUCUAGUCAUCAAAUAUAAAUUGAUUGGCGUUGAAGUAAAUGCUAUCGAUUAUUCUGUUUAUUAUGAAUCUUAUCAGGUGGAUAAUUCAUUAAGAUGUGAUCCUCGAUUGAAAAGAUUUUUUGAUAAUUUAUCAUCAUCAUCACCUCGAAUUAAUACAAAUUUUACAAACACUGUAGAUCAAUCGACAGAUCAAGUGCAAGAAUCAAAUUUUCCGAAAUCUUCAACUGAAUCAUUUAUGAUGACUGGACAAAAAAAAUCUUCACCAUCACAAUCGGUAAUAAUAACCAAACCACAACCAUUAUCAUUAUCAUCACAAUCAUCAUUACCAUCAUCAUCAUCAAGUAAUAUUAUCAUUUCAAGAGAUCCUAGAAUGCGUAAUCGAAUCAACGAUAAUGAUCUUCGUAAUAGUUUGGACACUAAAAAUAGUGAUAGUAAUACAAGUAUUAUUUCAACAAAUUCUACUGAUCAAACUAUUACAACAACAACAUCACCAUUAUCAUUAACAACAAAUACGUUGACUACAAGUGUGGUUGAAAAUUCGGAAAUGAAUACUAGUACAAAAUCUAAAAAUAAUAGUACAGUAGUAGUAUCUGAUCAAAAUACUCAAAACAAUCUGACGGAAAUUAUCAAUUGUAAAAAUAAUGAUCGAUCUUCAAUACCAUCAUAUGCAUUAUCAGCAUUAUUGCCAACAACACAAUCAUUAUUUUCAUCAGUUACUGGAAAUAGUUUAUUACCAUUUAAUAAAACAUCUACAAACACAGAAUCAUUAUUAUUAAUAGAUUCGAACAAUAUUAAUAAUGAUGACGAUGAUGAUGAUGAUGAUGAUGAAGAGGAUCAACUAAAAGUUGAUGAGAAUCCUAUUGAUUCUACUCUUAUUAAUGAUGGUGAAUCAUCAUCAAAUGAAACAAAAUUGUGGCCAAAAAUAAGCAUUGGAAACAAUUUGAUAAAUAAUGAUGUCACAAAUACAACAACAACAAAAACAUUGUCUGUGAUAGAUUCAUCUGAUAAUGAAAUGGAAAUUGAUCUAAGAAUUUCUUCUACAUCAACGAAUUUGUUUGAUAAAAAUAAUGCAUUAAAUUCGAAUCUAAUUAAUGUUCAUCAACCACCAUCAUUAUCAUCAUCAAAAUCACAAUUAUCAUCAUUAACGUCAACAACAAUAGAAGCAGCUAUAAAAAAUCAAGAUGAUAAUCAAAAUAAUAGUAGUAAUAAUGAAUCAGAAUCUGAAUAUGAGAAUGAAUUGAUUAUAGCAACGAGUAGUUCGGAACAAGAAGAUAAUUUAUUAUUAUCAAAUUCAUCGUCAUUGUUGAACAAUAAUAAUAAUAAUAAUAUUGAUGAACAACAAUUACAAAAACAACAACAACAAAAUAAUAUUGUUAGUAGUUGUGGUGAUCUAUAAUCAAUUUUAUAUUUAGAAAAAAAAACGAGGAGGAGUCAUCCAAUCAAAAUGAUAUUAAUCGAUAAUCCAAUAUUCAGCACAAGGAUGAUAAUAAUGUUGACUGAAUGUAUGUGCACACACACACAUUAGCAAAUGGAAAACGAAAUGAAAAAAAAG